AUGCCAGUGCUUCCUCCAUUCGGCCUCGCUUACAAAGAGGCGUUGACAGCCACGGGGUACAAGAACUACGGAGAUGGUGACUACCCAGAGCCUAGCCUCUAUGUUCAGCCAGGAUAUCAGUGGGUUGGCUACUCUCUCUUCGAUGCUGGGAACAACUUCCAGCGAAAUGCAUCCGAUGCGCUUCUUGAGAGGCUCCCCAACCUUGUUGUCAAGACUCGGCACACUGCUAGGAGCAUCACUUUCAUAGAUACAGACCACGGAAAGACCGCAAACUGCGUCGUUUACCGGCCAACAAAAUACCAAGAUAUUAGGCCUAUUGGAGAUUUAUGGAGCCUUUUCCCUUCAUCUGCCGCAGACUGGGCACCAUGGAUUGGCACUUUCUUGGAGCCCACCUCAGUGCUAGUCAACGCCGGUGUUAGCGAUCCAACCAAAAAACUACGUCGCGUAUGCCUUUCAAAUCCAGGGAGUGGUCGGAUCGUCGUCAGCGGUGGAGCAGUGAAUACUCCUCUUCUGCUCUACCGAUCAGGAAUCGGCCCAGCAAUGCAACUUAAGCUGCUCAAAGUGCCCCAAGUCCUGGAUAGCCCUGCAGUUGGGUCGGCCUUCUCCGACAGAGUAUUCCUUUCGAUUCCAGGGUUUCUGAAGCACUACUCGGAUUCCAUUCCACUAAUUAACCCGAGCAAAUCACUGCGUCGCUUGCAGGCCAACGAAGAUACGGGCUCCAAAAAGGUCAACAGACUCCAGCUACUUUCCAGGCCAGCCUUUGAGCCCAUACUUACGCAAGAAGAACUUGAGAAGGCAAUCACGCCAGAGGUCCGGGAGGCUAUAAACAGGCUAAUGAACCAAGAAGUGCCUGACGAGAUCAUUACUGUCGACGAAGAUGACAGCGCCGUCAGCAAUCGCUUCGAACCUCCCGUUUUAUUGCCAGACUUCCUCUUAUUCCCUGGGGUGCUGCAAUACCUUUCGCCGGCUCUCCAGCCUCGCGUGUGCCAGUUCAUGGGGCUCAAGUACACUGGUCCUCGCUGCAAAUCAAACGGGAUUAACGAGCGUAACCUCGGGUGCUCUUUGGUGACAAUGGAGGAGCUCUCUGGAGACCGACUGGCUGAAGGAUUUAUCUAUGCUUCACGUUAUAUGUUCCCAACUGCAUUCCGCAAGGACCCAAUUCUCGACGCUGUCACCGAGAUUAUCCAGUCCUGCUCUAACUACCGCUCUCCGUUCGGCAUAAUUCUCUUGAAGCCCCUUUGUGUGCUUGCUCAGCCGAUUAUAAAGUGCCUUAGGAAGGCUGUUGCUCCUUUCUACUUCACUUCGGAGCCAAAAUCUCGAGGAAGCAUUCGCCUUAAACCUACUGGCGAAGUUGUGGUUGAUCCACAGUACCUUGUAGACGAGCAGGAUCUUUUCGAUGCAAUUAGAGGCACUGCUACGUUGGUGGAGCAGCUAAAUGGAGACAGUUACAGGGGCAUCAUCCAAGAAAAGGGUCCCCAGUCGUGUCCGUUAGCAAUUCUAAAUGGACUUCUCGAUAUUCUUCUGACACUGGCAAGCACAACAUCUCCUUUUUUGACCCACUCUUCGAACUUCGCAGAGAUCCAAAGAUAUCUACAAGACCUAAUUCCCCCAGAGUCCAGGCGCCUGCGUCGUCUGAUGGUGGUGAACGAGGGCUACCGCAUGAAGCCUGCGGUGUAUGAGGACGAAGAAGGCAACGAAUACGAAGACUACAGUGCAUUUAUUGAGAAGGACGUCGAUGAGGCAAAAAUUGAACGACUCGGCAUCAAGCGCCGAUUAGAGGCUGUUGGAUUUGAUUUCGAUUCGUACCGUGCUCACGUGGAACGCACAGAUGAGUCUGCAAAGGAUCCCUCCCUCCACUUGGGCACACUUGGCCGUCGCCUCGAUGCCGAAGUUGAAAAAAUCUUGGGCCCCGAAAAAAUGGAUCAGUUGAAAAAGCUUGCAGAUUCGAUAAAAUCUGAACACGCUCUGAGGGCUUCCAAAGAAGACCCAGCCCUCAAAGAAGCUAUCGAGGACUGCAGGAAACCCUGCACAAAAGAGGCCAUUCAAAAUCACACCUGCGCCAAGUCUGAUGUUUGCUGCACUGCCUACGGCAACUCCAAAUGCAUGCGGCUUCCAGGCCAGCCUGCCUUCGCCGAACAACAAAACAAAGAACCUUAUACGAGCGCGGACGCGGCAGAUAGCGGGGGCGCCGUCAAAAAGGAAGAGUUUCUUGCCCCCUUCUUUGGCCUCAACACCGUGUCGGUCGCACAUGCUGAUGAUGAGCAGUGGGCUGCAACGUAUCCGCCAAGGCUGCCAAGCGUCCAGAAUCCUAAAGCACUAGCUAAAUUUGCACUGACGUACAUGACCAGCAUUGGUCACACUUACGGCAGUGCUCCCAUGGGCAGGGUGGUUGACGAUAAGUUCCAGGUGAAGGGCGUCAAUGGGCUCUCUAUUGUGGAUGCAUCUGUGCUCCCCCAACUUACACGAAUGAAUCCGGUCUUUACCAUCAUGGCGCUGGGCAGGUACGCUGGAGAGAUGAUGCUAGGGGAGCAAUAA